CAAACAAGCAUGAUUUCGAUUCCUUCUUCCCCAUCAUGAACUAAUGUGCGUUUUGAAUCAUAACCCCCUCCUCUCUCUCUCUAAACUCAUUGCUCCUUUUUCUCUCUCUCUAGAACUGUAAAACCCCUUCACUCACCCUUCCAUGUCGCUCUUCCUCUCGUAUUACUCUCUGUAAAAACUGUAAACCUUUGAUCUAUCAAUCUCACAGUUUCCAUGGCCCUCUUCCUCUUUGUUUUAGUGAGCCUCCUCUUGUGUCAAACCGCUGAGUCGGACUCGGAAGCGGACACGGCCGCUCUUACCAGUUUCAGGCUUCGGGCAGACACCCAUGGCAACCUCCUCGCCAACUGGACUGCCGCUGCUGGUGACGCCUGCGCCCGCCACUGGAUUGGCGUUCGAUGCGACGAAGACGGUCGAGUAGUCAGCCUUUCUCUCUCUUCUUUUGAUCUCAGAGGCCCAAUCGAGUCCCUCUCUGUGCUCGAUCAGCUCCGCCUCCUCGACCUCCAGGGCAACCGCCUCAAUGGCACCCUUGCUCCACUUGCCUCGUGCCCUAAUUUGAAACUGGUUUAUUUGAAUGGAAACGAUUUUACAGGUGAGAUUCCGAGUGAGAUCUCCAGGCUGAGCAGGCUCCUCAGGCUCGAUCUCUCAAACAACAAUUUAAAAGGCCCCAUUCCCAAAUCCAUGGCGGGGCUUACCCGCCUCAUGACCUUGCGGUUGCAGAACAACUUGCUUUCUGGGUUGCUUCCUGCUGAUCUCUCUUCGCUGUCCCAGCUCAAGCAGCUGAACCUCUCGAACAAUGAAUUUUAUGGCGAGUUAUCGCGAGAGUUGCAGAGAAAGUACGGGGCGAGCUCGUUCUUGGGCAAUGCUGGGCUCUGUGGGGAGAGCCCUUUCCCUCUCUGCUCUUUCACCGCGGCGGCACCGUCACCCCAAGUCGUGCCGUCGAACCUGAGCUCGGGCCCUGGCUCCAUGGGUGGUGCUGCUGCCUCACAGAGCGGACGGGGGAGGUCGAGGGGCGGGCUGAGCACCGGCGCGGUGGUGGCCAUUGUAGUGGGCGACACCAUGAUCCUGUUGCUUGUGAUGCUGCUUUUCGCCGCCUGCUACUGGGGGAGGUACUCCCAAGAGAGAGGGGAGCGACAAAAGGAGGCUGCGGCAGGGAAAAAGGACGCCUUCGACGAUGGAUCGCCGGGACCAGACAUGGAGAGGAGCAAGCUGGUGUUCUUUGAGAGAAGGAAGCAAUUCGAGCUGGAGGAUUUGCUGAGGGCUUCGGCGGAGAUGCUGGGGAAGGGGAGCCUGGGGACUGUGUACAAAGCCAUUCUUGAAGACGGGUCAGUGGUGGCGGUGAAGCGGCUCAAGGACGCAAGCCCCUCCGCCAGGAAGGAGUUUGAUCAGUACAUGGACAUGAUAGGACGGCUGAGGCACCCCAACAUUGUUCGUCUCAGGGCUUAUUACUAUGCAAAGGAGGAGAAGCUCCUCGUCUAUGACCAUCUCCCUAAUGGAUCCCUCUAUUCUCUCCUCCAUGGAAACCGAGGGGGCGGAAGGACGCCACUCGACUGGACGACAAGGAUAGGGCUGGUGCUCGGGGCGGCGAGGGGCCUAGCCCGCAUCCAUGAGGAGUACAGCGCGUCCAAGAUCCCCCACGGCAACAUCAAGUCGUCGAACGUGCUCCUAGACAAGAAUGGCACGGCCUGCAUCUCUGACUUUGGCCUUUCCCUCCUUCUCAGCCCUGCACAUGCGACAGCCCGCCUGGGCGGGUACCGGGCACCCGAGCAACAGCAUGGGGACCGCAACAGGCUCUCCCAAAAGGCGGAUGUCUACAGCUUCGGCGUCAUGUUGCUCGAGGUGCUGACGGGCAAGGCCCCGGCGCAGCACCAGGCACAGGAGGGGGUGGACCUGCCAAAGUGGGUGCAGUCAGUGGUGAGGGAGGAGUGGACAGCGGAAGUGUUCGAUGUGGAGCUGCUGAGAUACAAGAACAUAGAGGAGGAGCUGGUGGCGAUGCUGCAGGCAGCGCUGGCAUGCGUGGCAGCGCAGGCAGAGCAGCGGCCGGAGAUGAGGGAGGUGGUGAAGAUGAUCGAGGAUUUGAGGGUGGAGCCAUCGCCAGUGAUGGGGGAUGACUGGGACGACUCCAGGAACUCCAUCUCUCCUUCUCUCACUACUGAGGAGGCAGCAGCCAGCUUCUAAAGACUUUUAAUUUCUUCUUCUUCUGAGCAUUAGUUAGAGAUUUGAGAGUGGCGUGGCCUGCACAUCUAUCUGCCUGUAGAUGCAUGGGGCUGGGUGGUCUUGGGAAGAGGGUGUGUUUCAUUGGGCUGGAAAAAGUUAUUUCGAUCUUUAAGUCAAUCAUCCCAACCUCAAGAUUCAUAGAUUAAGAAAGAAAAAAUUUCGAGUAGUUCAUCUUGUAACUAUCUAUUUUUAGAAAAUUUGAAAUGUAUGUGGAUCAGAUUGGUGAGCACCA